AUGGCAUCACGCAUCGCAGCCGCGGCAAACUAUACCGCAGAACUGAGAAUACCUGAACACAAGACGAUCAUCUCGCAACAAACCCACCAAAGCCCGUCCCAGGGCGCCGAGUACAAAUUCAUCCGCAGGAAACUCGAUCAGUGGUUUCCCAAGACUCAAAACUAUUUCCACGAAUAUGACGUGUCCUGCUUCGUCGAUGGCCAGCCGACAGGUAAUCCCCAACGCACAAUCAUUACCCGCCUCAAUUGCAGCGUUGUCCUACGAACAGAGUGCAUAAAAGAAUCGGAAAAUCUCGAAGCUGCGUUCGAAAACGCGUCGAACAUCCUCUUGCAGAGAGCGACUGGGUCUGGGGAGAGGCAAUUUCUAGCGACGGUUGUUGGUAGUUGGAUUAAGUUUUUCCAAGACCGCAAUGGGAAUCUCACUGGACUUGACGGUGAGACCGAAGUCGAAUCUGUUCCGGCGAUUGAUUUCAGCACGGACACAGGGGCCGUAGAAGCGCAGACGGCAGUGACGAAGAUCAAGGAAAAUUUUAUGAAAAGGGCGGGAUGA